AGGGGCGAUAUAAAAAGCGCGCGUCCCGAACAGGCUUGCAUUCGGCGGCGGUGGAAUGCAGGCGGGUUGAUUCUGCGUCGCGAUGUCGCUGUGAUUUGCUCCGGCUAAUUUUUAAAAACAAGAAACACCGCCGAGUUUCGUGCGGGUGCAAGAGCACAACGUAUUUUCGGGGGAGGCUUUGCUUCGCCUCUCCGUCGAAGUGGGUGUCCGCCGGCGGCGAUUCCCCGUGAAGUUGCCUACCACGCACCGGCAGAAAGGCGGCAUGGAGUGCAAGCUGGAAGCUCACCGUAUCGUCAGCAUCUCGCUAGGCAAGAUGUACAGCGCGCGAGGUCAACGCGGCGGCGUGAAACUGCACAAAAAUCUUCUCGUGUCGCUUGUCCUGCGCAGCGCCCGGCAAGCCUACCUGAGUGAACUCGAUUGCUCCCCUUCGCCUCCUCUCGCUGCUGCUCCCUCGCCGGCAGCCGCUGCGCUGAAUCCUCUCCGAGAUGGUGGGGAGGAAGGAGGACGCCCGCCGCUGCCUUUCUUCUCUCCUCCUCCUCCUCCUCCUCCUCGCGCCUUUCUGCCGCCGGCCCGGGCGACGUUGCCGUCUGAUCCCCGGACUUCUCCGUGGUGCCGGAAGCUCCCGUCGCCGUCGGACUGGGAAGUUCAGCGGUUGCCACGCUGCUGCUGCUGCUGCUGCGACUGCUGCUGCUCCACCUCUUUCGUGAGCGAGGCUGGCAAACGGCCGGCCGAGGCUGCUCCUGCCCUCGACUGCUCCAGAAAACGGAACGCUGCUCUGCAUCCCGAUGGCGGGACCGAGGAAACGUCUCCCGGCAGCUCUCCGCUGAAAAAGGUCCGCAGGGAGGAAGAGGAGGAGAAAGAAGAGGACAUGGAGACGGGCAAUGUGGCCAAUCUCAUCAGCAUCUUCGGCUCCAGUUUCUCGGGACUACUCAGCAAAAAGUCCUGCGGGGGCGAGAGGGAGGGCAGCAAUCAGCGGGGAAGGCGGCAAGAGAACGAGGAGGAGGAGGAGGCAAGAGGGGCUGAGGCAGAGCCCGGGCAAAUCUGUUGCGACGAAUCGGUGCUACGAAACCUCAACCCUUGGAGUACGGCGAUUGUGGCUUUCUGAACUUUUCCUUCCUCCCCAACUGAUCCCGGUGACACAAUAUGGGACAGCUUUGAUUCAGACGCUGGAGGGAGUAGGCAGCUAGGGCCCCGUCUGAUAGGAAUGGGGACAUGUCCUCCUUAAGGAGAAGCUGUGUUUGGUGAUGGGACUCAAUCAGAGCAACCCCAGCUGCCCUUCACACUUCUUUUCUGGAUGCCCUUGGUGGCUAGUGUCUCAUUCUGCAUGAAAGUAUUCCAGCUAGUUUCCACCUGCUCAGAAAUUCCCUUUUCCCCCUUUCUUCUCUCCACCUCCAAGCUUUUGGGAAGGUUAGAGUAGACCUCUUGUUAUCCUACCACGCCGAGCAUGUUCUGUGAGUUCAUAAAGUCUUCAAACAACAUUUGGGACCCAAGGGGAGAGCUUUCUCACCCUGCUAUAAGGCUGUGUUGAUGAUGGGUGCUGCUGAGAUGUGUUAACAAAUCUAUAGUUUGCAGUUCUCUGGGACUUUUGUUGCUCCUGGUCUUUGUUAUAUAAAGGCCCUUGAAGGAAAAGUGGGUCUUAAUGGAUGUUUUGUACAGUAAGCUCUUUUCUCUGGUUGUGUUUUGUAUGAAAAUGUAACUGCGUGUGUGACACGUAUUAAAAUAUUUUGACAUUGUUAACAUUA